CCCAGCGUCAGCUGUCUGGCCAAUCACAGUAUGACCCUAAGCUUGGCGGUCCCAAUUUUUCCGCCCACAGAGUCCGGAAUAUCCAUUCGGCCUGGGGUAAAUUUCACGAACGUCUGUUGAAACCUCUUCUUGAUUUUUGAGACCGACCAGCCAGCGCCAAAUCCGCCCAACGAACGAUCCGUCAACAGUCGAUCACCACCUCAAAAACCACCAGCCAAAAUGGGUCGUCUUCACUCCAAGGGAAAGGGCAUUUCUGCCUCCGCCAUCCCCUACUCCCGCAACCCCCCCGCCUGGCUCAAGACCACCCCCGAGCAGGUCGUUGAUCAGAUUUGCAAGCUCGCCAAGAAGGGUGCUACCCCCUCCCAGAUCGGUGUCAUCCUCCGUGACUCCCACGGCGUUGCCCAGACCAAGGUCGUUACUGGCAACAAGAUCCUCCGUAUCCUCAAGAGCAACGGCCUUGCCCCCGCUCUUCCUGAGGAUCUCUUCUCCCUGAUCAAGAAGGCUGUCGCUGUCCGCAAGCACCUUGAGCGCAACCGCAAGGACAAGGACGGCAAGUUCCGCCUUAUUCUCAUCGAGUCCCGUAUCCACCGUUUGGCCCGUUACUACAAGACCGUCGGUGUUCUCCCCCCCACCUGGAAGUACGAGUCCUCUACUGCCAGCACCCUCGUCGGUUAAGCGAUGAGACGGUGAUUACGGCCGAGCCGAGGAGAGUUGAACCUCUCGGUGAGGUGGUAUUGGGUGGUGAUAUGGAUCUCUUGGUUGGGAAAAUAACAAAUACCCCUUGUGUAUCUUUUGCAGGUUUGGUAAACCACACGGCCAUACGGAGUCGGGGAGUCACGGGGAAUGGAAAGGAAACUUGCAUUUCACGGCUAGAUCUUUUUAUACAAACUGCGAAUUGCACAGGAGGG